CUAAAGCUUGACAACUGUUGGGAAUUUAGACACAUUCGCCUUAACGCAGUUACUUAUGUCCUGUUCAUUGGGUCCAAAGAAUCACAAUGGCGAACGAUAGGAUCCGCCUCACGCCGAUUAUCUUGAUAAUUUGGUCUAUUGCAAUGGAAGCGCUGUCAAAUGGCGAUUCGUACUAUGUGGGACGAGAUUGGCUUGAGUCUGGACCAAUAAAUAAUGAGCAUAUGCAUAUUCGGAAAAAACGUGUGGUUGGAACCAACAUUAACGAUGCCAACUUUACGUUUGUUGAGGUUGCCAGCCAAACGAUGGGUUCGAUGUUGGUUGAAAUUGGCGACAGUUUCACAUUUGAAGUCACAAUUGAUUUACCUGGAAUACUUGACACCAAAAAGUCGGACAUGGUCAUCGAAAUCUUUGGGCUCGAUUCAUCAAACGGUGUGGCAGGAAUCCAUGUUUGCCAAGCUCAUGAGGAGGAAAUAAGUGGACAUGGUGAAAAUAUCAGAUCCAUUCAAGAAUAUCCAGUAUAUGUCAAUGAAAUGCCCUCUCAUCGCAAGAACUUUGUUGCAAAGACCAGGAUGAUUCGAGAGCAAUUGCAUACAGAGGGAUUCGGCGAUGUCGGAAAUGCCAACAAAAUUCAGGCACAAUUUCAAGCAGUGGUUGUAAAUGCUGGACUGGAUGAAAAUUGGUCAUAUCAAAACGGAGGCACGCAUUACAUAACCGUUGGAAUUCAAUAUGGAGACGAAUUCCUCUGGAUCGGCCAAGCAAGUUUUAUUGUGGAUUUGAAAAAUCAAGAUUAUGACUUCGCCGUGAACAUUGAAUCAGGCCCAAUCGACACGGACAAGACCAGUUUUAUGAAGGGCAAAGGAUAUAUCUUCACCAUACGUGCGAAUGUUGUGGAACCAGUUGCUGAUGUGGCCUUACAAGUUUUUCAGCCUCUCGGUUAUAACGACGUUUUCCACAUUGGUCACAUUCAGAGAAGAAUGGGAAAUGCGUUUGCUUGCAGCCCUCAGGAUGGAUGGCAGGACAAGUACAGUUUAUCGCCCUCGGAUUUGACAGUAAAUAAUGCCAGCAUUUUCUAUUCGUUUCUGGUUAAUCGAGAGGCUCAGCGCGACAUAAGCAAUGAUGCGAACGAAAUUGUGUUUUUGGUGCCAGUCCACGUGAUGAAUAUUGAUUCACUUCCACCCGGUGUCAAUCGGACGCUCUCGUUUGUCUUGCAAGUCGGGAAAGAAAAAAUUUGGACAACGCUAGAAGAAAGACCAAUCUCAGAUCAACCUCUCACACUUUCCAAUGGAGUAACUCCCACUUUUUUAAGCGUUAGGCUACUAAAUAACGUGACAAGUAACCAAAUACCAAAAGGUGAUAGCAUCGUGUUCUUGGUGGAGUUGAGGUGUCCUAAAUCUGCUUAUUGCAAGUUCGACGUUGAAUUGCUUUCCUCAGCAAACGGACAACCCGCAAUUCCGGUUGGAGCUCGAAUUAUUAACGGUGGAACCAUUGCCUAUUUUUCUCCUCCAUGGUCCGUUUAUGCAAACCAAGACGAAAACGUGGUGGUGAGCUUCGGCAAAGUUGAAAACCCUGCUUCUGAGGACACUGACGUCAGUUUGGAAUUGACAUACGCACUUGACCCAACAGCUGACGAUGCUCACUUGAUUGAGUUAGUUAAUCCAAAAAUUGGGGGUUUACCUAUUGUUUUACCAAAGGAUUUGAAAGCUUCUAGCAAUAAUUUAAAUUCGAUGUUAAAAGUGGAAAUUGAUGAUUUUGGAUUUGAUGAAAACGUUCAUAUUCAUGGGCAAGCUGCUUUCGAGUUAAGAGUCACUGUAGAAUCUGGAGCAGGAGCCGAAGGAUUGGUUUUAGAAGCUAUCCCCGAUCUUGAUUUCGAUCAUGAGUUAAGAAUUUGCUCCUUGAGGAUUUUGGACAUUGGUCGAGGGCUUCCUUGUGUUUACCAUUCUCAUUAUAAACCAAAUGCAGAAUAUUACAAAUCAGAUGAGACUCUACCAUUCAAUAACUUGGCCAAACUCAAGUUGGAUCGAAUUUGCCCCUAUUCUGUUCCAAAGAUGGAUAAAAACGACAACCAAUUUGUGGCCCGAAUCGUAUAUGAAUCACCAACGGCUCUCAAAACUACUCCAAGUACAUUUAAACUGAAUGGCGGACUAAGAAUUAAAGACGAAGUAGUUUGGGUGGCUUCAAAAAGUUUCCAGCUCAUAGACACUGCAAUGAAUACCACAAAUCUUGAAUACGCACAAGGAAGCGACGUUUCUUCUUCUCCUUUCGUUGCGACUUAUCCCACAAUAGCGACAAGAGGGCGCAAACCCUCAUUCCACCCAGGGGAGGGAAUAUCUGAACAAUAUAUAUUGAAAUUUCCACCGUUGUCGAGAGGCGCCUACAACUUUGUCUUAAAACCGUACGCCCACUCACGCGCAUGCAAAAUUAAAAUCACCCAUAUUGGAGAAAAUUAUCCAUGCACUCAACCUCCCGGUCCAAUGAUUACUGGAUUUGAAAAUAUUGAAAUUCAGUACGAUUCAAAUGGAAACAACAUGGAGUCAGAAUUUGGAGAGUCUGUGACACUUAAACUUAAGGGUUUGACCAAUUGGGGUAGAAGUCCCGUCCAUUUCGACUUGACUCCAGAUGAAAAUUCGAUCCAAGUCGUUGCCUUUUACCAGCUUGAUCCAAAAGCUAUUUUCACCGUGAACGACGUAAUGGAUCUCAAUUUUGAGUUGCAUGAAGCUUCUUCCAAUGGUAAGGUACUUCAAAAAGGAAACACAACCCACGCACUGGAUCCAAUAGUGUUACCAACGGGCCAAAAACACCUUCCUAUACCAAAUGUAACAGUGGAAUUUCUUAAUGUGGCCACUAUGAGCAAAGGAUUACUGUUCAAGAAGGCACCCAAUAUUCUCCGCAUCCAUGUUCCUAUUCCUGCCACUAUGUUAGGUGAUAUGAAAGUUUCUUUGGUGAAUGUUGAUUUCGCCUCCGGCUUGGACCUGCUUCAGUUUUGCAACUUAACAUUGACGGAACAAGGUGCAAACAUUCCCUGUGUCCAUCCAAUCAACAGUGUUUCCACAAACUACAGUGCCGAUGCAUAUCGUACUCUGGAAAACAACAUUACCUUAUAUAAAUCAAUCGAUGCGUAUGUGAAUGGAAUUUGCCAUUUUGCGUAUUCUAGGGACACCAAUGAUAACUAUCUGACAUUUGAAGCCAGCGUCUUGGUUUUAAAUGAAACUCAAGAGGGAAAAGAGGUCUCCUUAAAAAUCGUUAUUGAAUCUGAGGAAUUUAUGGGCAAUGGUGAAGUAGACAUAAUUCUUCCCAAUGGUAACAAACCUAGGAUUGCCGAGCCAUUAGAAAAUGACGUUGUUGUGGACUUGGUUACUCCAAAUGAGGCUCAAGUAGUGGCGCUCGAAGGAAAUCCUAGUACUUGUGAGAUUGGAGAAAAGAUUUGGAUAGGGUAUAAUAUUACCGUACCCAGAGGCAAGACAAUCAAAAUGGAGGCAGCCCUCUUGUUACCAUCCGAAAACAAUCGGGCCUUAUUUCAUGCUGUCGAUGUAAAAUUUGACACUUGCAACGGGAAAAAUGUGCUUUGUAUGAAUCCGUCAAUUGACUUGCAACGUACUUUUCCUACGACAUUCCUGAAAUCCAGUAAUAUUACAACAUUCAUGCAACGCGACAUUGUAACCAUCGACUUUGGAUAUGUUACAAAUGCAGGACUUUCGUUCAAGCAGGGGCUUUACGACGGCGACUUGGAUGAUACUUUUUCACUACGGUUCCUCAUUCAAAAGUCGGACCAUCAGAUUUGGGACCGAAACAUGGAUAGGCCAAUUCAAUGUUCAAUCAAAUUCGGAGACGUCGCUACAGUUGUUGAAAGUUGGAUCGGGUUUGAAAUAUCAAAAUUGAAAGAGGAGCAAGGACAAAUGUUCAUCACUUCAAAUCUGUCAGAGCCCUCUAAACAAUACGAAAACGGAGACACAAUUUAUGUUCAGUCCGUCAUCAAACAUGACGAAAUGUCCACACGUGAAGGUUAUCCUACCUUCAUUCAAGUGAUUGUUCCCCAUUAUUUGACUUAUAAAGAAAAUUCGGAUUCGUUUUUAACAAAUUAUUCGAGCAUUGGAAACGACGAAAUCGUGACCGUCACUGUUGCAAAUACCUCAGGAAUCUUGUUUCAAUUUCCUCAAGGUAUCAGCUUCCCGGAUAUCGUUGAAUUGAAUUUUUCAUUGAGCGUUGAGAUGGACGGAAAGAGGCCAAUUGGUUCGGGGGUAGAGUCCUCGGCGAUUGUUUUUGCUCCAAUUUGCUUUCACUCUGGCCAUAACAAGACAAAUUCGAGCGUGUCCAAUUGUGGUUCACUUCGUGCAUUGCCAUUCGAAAGUUGUGCUCCAGAGUGCCUCGAUGAAAUAACUUUUAACAAGACUUGUCAAAUAACUGCCUCAUCAACAUUCGAUGAAUCAUUGUUUCCUCCACAUUUCGUCAUUCCAAGUUUGAGUAACUCACCUGUCUCUGGUUGGGCACCGGCUUUGAAAACACCCCUAAACUCCAGGAGCGAGUUCCCUGAUUAUUUGGAAUUCAAUUUCCUUGCUGCCGUUCGGAUUGGCCAAAUUUAUGUCCACAGUGAAACCGAUACAUUUCGCCAAGUCAAAACGAUCCAAAUCCAGUAUGGUCAUAUACACGGCUUUUUUACAAACUGGAAAGAUCCCGUUCGACUUGAUCUUGGCCCUAAAAUCGAAAUCGACCCGUCCUUAGAAGCACAAUUCAUCCGCUUGAUUUUAGUGAGCACCGACAUUCAAGACGUUAUGGAAAAGCCACCCGGUAUAAGCAAAGUUGAAUUCAAGGGUUGUUUGCCUCAGCCUCAACAAUUGUCUUCGUGUCAAAACGAAGAAGAAUCAUCUAGGGCCUCCGAAUAUUUCGCAGUUGAUGAUUUUCGAGACAUUGUAUAUUAUUGUGAAAGAUUGGAUACAAGAGCCAGAACCAAUUGUUAUGCUUCAGGCGGGAGAGGGAUCGUAGCCGGAUGGACAGAACUACCCAAGUACGUCAGUUCGUUGAUUGGAUAUGAUCAAGAAGAGAAGUUAAUGCUAUUCACUGGUCUGACUGACAGAUAUUGCUUCAAAAGUGUCGACGGUCAAAAAAUAACACAACUGGAUUGCACUAAGCUUGAAACACUACCUUCAUUAAUUGAAGCAAAUAGAAUCCGCCGGCCCGAAACAACAACCAGCCCUCAGAAAGGAACAUGGACUGGACAACAAUUGCAAUACGGAGGUCGGUUGGAAGGAAUCUAUGACGAGACCAACAUUAUUUUGCAGUGGAAAUCAUGUUGUCUUUGAACUUAAGGGAACAAUGGGUUUUUUUCAAGAUCAAUUUCUUGAUCAAUUUUUAUCAUAGAGCCGGAAGGUCGAAUAGCAAUGUCUUCUCUACAAGUUUUUUCACUUCAAUUCACUUAUGCUCAUGCAAACACACAUUCACAUUCACACAUACCUGGAACAACAAAAUAUGAUUUUCAUAGACUUGCUCAUAUGUUCACUUCUAGGUGGGUCAAAUUUUUAUAUUUCUUGCAACCCUCUUCCUUCAAACACAAAUUUAUCUAUGUAUUUUUGUCAUGAGUGCAUUUUGAAUCAAAAUAAACGACAUAUUUGUAAUCUUCACACACAA